AUGUCGUUGUGGACGGAUGAGCGUGUGGACGAGACGGUCACUUCCGCAUAUGUCCAUUCUCACCUCCGUGCAGAUGAACAAGAGUAUCUUCAGCGCCCUUUAUAUUUUGGAGGAGAUCUGACAGACGACACCUACUUGGACUGGAUCUUGACAAGAGCAAAGCGCUUCUUUCUCAUCCUCGUCGCCACCGGAGUGCCCGAUCAGAUCUUUGGCAUCAUCGAUGAUUCGUACGAUGAUGAAGAUCUGCCUAUCAUCGAGCAAGCCGUCCCCGAUCUCCGACUAUCCUAUGAACCGGAUAGGUCUUUGGACAAACGUUUCUACAAGAACCAGUUCCGCUUCCUUACACGUAUCGUCGGCGCAGGGGAGCAUAUCCGUUAUGCCGAUGAAGAAACAGUCCCAGUCGUCCCUCUCAGUUUGAAAUCGGUGGUUCUUUCGCUCGGUCACGAAGGCACCGACAGGGUUCGACUCCCGUCCGACAAUCAAAGGAUUUUCAUUCGCCGCCGCAUCGUUCUGGAAGCUCCGCUCACGGAGGAGGACAUAUUGAAUGAAAUCGCGGCAAGCCGAAGACUGUGUCACGAACAUAUCGUGUCGGUCUUCGGUUCAUACCUCCACCAAGGCGCCUUCAAUGUCCUCUCGGCCCCAGCGCCCGAAUGGAGUCUCAAGACAUUUCUCACUGACACUCCCAAAAGUUUCGGUGCUCUACCAAAGCCCGAGCGACGACGAAUCCUGAUCAAUUGGCCACACUGCCUUGCCGGCGCUUUAGCCUGGCUACACGAGAACGGCGAGUUUCAUGGCGGCAUUCGCCCAUCCAACAUCCAAGUUGAUGACUCCUUCUCCAUCUCGCUAGGUCUCCUGGACGGAGAUGGGUUGCUUCGUCACAGACCUCGCCAUGACGACAUCGAAGCCUACCAGUACGGUCCACCCGAGCGAUGGAAGCGAGCGGUGACCGUUCAGAGCACUGGGUCUGCCGCCGUCUCGCUCCCCUCUGGCGGACGAUCUGGGCGGAAGGUGGGUGGAAGUGCAAGAUUGCAGUCUUCAGACGGCAGGAAUACUGCGAGAAGCAGGUCCGCUUCGUCUGGAGCAACUUACACAUUUCAUCCCACUUCGAGAGGAGGCUAUGCCAGGUUACGCUUGAGCGCAGCCAUGAGUCCCGACGCUCCGCCCCAACCCAUCAGUCGCGGUCGGGACAUGGUGUCACCAACCGACAACAGAUCCGUGUCAACUCAAGAUACAGCACGCCUUGGCGUUGACCCGGUUGUCCCGGGAAGGGCACCCUCAAUCCUAUCAUCUACUAGCUCAAAUGGCAAGAGUGGUCCUUCGCUCAACCACCCCAUCUUCGUCUCGGCCCCGGAGGGUCGGAGCGCAGUCGUCCAGACCUGGCAGUCUGUGGAACAGGACAUGUUCGCAUCAGAUGUGUUUUCACUUGGGGCGGUGAUCAUGGAUAUCCUGAAUUUGCUCUGCAAACGCAGCUACGGCUCGUUCUCACGGCAUCGAUCCGCCAAAAAUCGAAUGGCUGGCCGUGGCGGGGGCUUAGCCGAUGCGAGUUUCCACGCAAACCUUGGCCAGGUCUUCUUGUGGGCUCAGGCUCUCCAGAAUGAAGCUGAAAAGAAAGCGAAAAAGGACGGUGGCCAGGUAUUUCAUGCCCUGGGCCCUGUUGUGCAACUGAUUCUUCAGUGCCUCGAGCGAGAUCCCUCCGCGCGUCUGAGUAGCGGGCAAUUGGAGCACAAGCUGGGCGAUCUCAUCCGUCGCUUUGCCGGUGUCGAUCGACUCCACUGUGCAGCUCAACAGAAAUCAGAGAGCAAAGAAACAAGCAAAACCAUUCCGAUUCGGGAGAAGAAACAUUCCGAGAAAGGAUUAGAGGCCUACAAUUCAGAGCAUCACCUGCGUCAAAGCUCUCGAAGUCCACGACCCAUCGUCAGAGAACAAAGACAGCGGCAGGAGCAGGCUUUUCUUCCAGGCGCUCCAACAGUUCAAUUGCCCUUCAGUCACACUCCACCAAGCGCAACCACGACGCCUGGAACAACUUCCGUCAGCUCACUAUUGUCUUUCAAUUUCGACGGCGUCUCCGACACGGUUGUCGCAGAUAGUCCCCGCUCUCGCGAUCAAUCCCUGCACCGGAGCGGUCGCCGCGCAGUGACAGCUGUCCCCCGUAAACAGGUGCCUUGGUCUGAUGAGCUGGACACACCCAAGCAAAAACAGUGGAAUAACUGGCACAAUAAUGACAGUCAAGUGGAUCCAAGACUGUCUUUUGGUGAGUCGAUUGAGACUGGUGCAUUCACGUACCUGAACUACAGCACAAGUGCGUCGUCAGACGAGGGUGUGAGAUACUUCCCUCGGCCUCCUUCUGAUCCACCCACAAAGCCGCCCCCGAAUCGAGAGUUACCUCCAGUGCCAUCCUUACCGAUAAAGUCUCGAUCUAUGAAGCCAAAGCAACGCUUGGCCACUCUCAAGACAUCCAGUAACGAUCUCGCUGUUUUGAAUCACCUAUCCUCCGCUGCCACCGGAGGACAUCCACUUCGCGUCGACAGUCUUCCAAAUACAUUAGACCAUGAUGAUGACGAUUACCACGACAUUUUCCGACAUACGAGACAUCCGCACACAGCCAAGGCAUCUUCAAGGAGUCGGUCAAGGCAGGACCAAUAUUCCAUACGAACAGGUGCAUAA